AUGACCGUCACCGCUCCCUUCCAGCCGGCUUCCAAGCUCACCGCCUCUGGGUUGCUCAAGGAAGAGAUCGCAGUCCGGACCGAAAUUGGCGUCUUGGGCCAACGUCUCCGUGAAAUCGAGCAGAAGAAAGCAGCAAUGACCCCUCUGCCGGAAGAUAAGAAGGAAUGGGUCAAGGAAGCGGAUUCCUGGACCACCGUUAGCACAACGCCUCCCGGUGCGUCGAGUCUGCAGGCGGAUGUACUCAUUGCCAGCACUUUCGGCGGCCUCAGGCCCAACCGACGAUGUCUUACCGGCAGUCUUCGCUUUGACGGUAUGGUUCUCAAGGACGACCAGACUCCUGCAGACGUCGACAUGGAGGACGGUGACAUCAUCGACUGUGACCUGGACCCCACACGUCACAACAAGCUCGUUCGAGCACAGCUUGUCCUCAUUUCGACCAACUCCACCGAGCUCACGCCCGCGAUGACGGUCAUCGACCACAAUGUGUUCCCGCACAUCAUGGAGGCGAUCUACUCGUACGCCGACUUUGACACGCUGCUCGCCAUGCGACCGACCUCGAAGACGUACCGCGACUGGUCCGACGCCCGGCUAUCAGAGCAUGUCGUCGUUCACGUGCGGCGUCCCAAGAAUGAGCAAGGCAAGCCGAUAUGGGCUGCGGGAUCUCGCUCGGUCGAAAUUCAUGCACCCGGUGGAAGACGGUUGCCAUUCUUGCGCUCUUGGAAGAGAGCGAACGGUGACGACCUGUCGCAAUGGCGCGCAUUCGGCAAGUACUUUGGGCGAACUACGACACUCGACCUUGCAGACGAGGGCUUGAUGCGCGGACGAACUGAGUGUAUCAAGGCCGUUUGUCCCAAGCUGCAUACGCUGCGCAUGCUGAACAACUACGAGUCGGAACGGGAAGUCGCCAACAUGUCAUCAUCGGCCGUCUCCUUCCCCGGUAAUGCGAAGGACGGGACGUUCGUGCAGUUCUGCUAUGCUGCGAAACCGGCGGACCCGAUGGCAGAGGGAAGGGUAUCGCGUGCUCUAUUCGUCAACCCGAUCCCCCGCGGAGUGCGCCGAUGUGUCGUCAACCUCAUCGGUGACAUGCGCGACCCGAAGCUCAUCUUCAUCGCGAACACGACCUUACCGCCUGAGCUGCGCGAGCUCGUUCUUGUCUUUCACCAGAUCGCCGGCCCGACACCAGAAGUGAAGGACGACUACCAGAUUCCGAGCGCGACGCUGCACUGCUUCCACAGCUUCGCCCAACUCAUCGCGCAGAACGCUCACAAGUGCAAGAUCACCAUGGCCGGGGCGCUUGGCGUGAGCGAGCGGGUGUACGGAUUCGAAUACAUGGAAGAUCAGAACGAGCUUCGGGACACUCUCGUCGAGUUUCUGGGUCAUAUCGCAGACGAACAGACACCGAUGGGUCCCGACGAGAUCAAGAAGGCGAAUGCCGCUUUCCACGACAUCCCAUGGCCGUCCGUUGCCCAGUACCGGAAGACGCUUGCGCCCGGGCAGUGGGAGAACGAGUCCGUUCCGAGGCCUUGGUACUCAAGCCCGGAGCUGUCGUGGUACACGAAGUGA